AUGCCUGCGGCUAGAAUAGCUUAUCUUUUGCUCUUGAUCCUUGAAGCAACUACAGCGAAAGAACUCAAUCCAAUUACUAAAAAUAGCCUUAGAAGCUCUGAAAUUAACUCGAAACUGCUUAUCGACGAUUUUGAGGCAGUCAAUCAACUUAUGAAAAAUAGUCAUACCCUUCCAGAAAAUGACCAAAAUACACCUGAAGAGGGAUCAUGGUGGGAAAACGAAAGAUAUUUAACAGCUACUUGCACUAACGGUGCAAAUGAGUGUGUAACUUGUGCAGAUGGUACAACAUGUGAUACUUGCCUUUAUUCAGAUGCAAUACCUGAUGAUGCAGGUGGAUGCACAAAUUCGACUUUUGACCAUUGUGCAGUAGUUAAUAGCAUCGAUAAUGAAACUUGUGUUACGUGUGAAAAUGAAUUUACAAUUCACCGUAGCGGUGCAAGCUGUUGUGAUAAUAAAUGCAGUACUUGCGAUACCAAUUCAUCUGAUUGUACUGUAUGCAUAGACGAAAUACAUAUGUCAGUGGCUCCAGACUGCGAAUGUCCUGGUAACUCAACUUUCAAUGAAUCAGAUUGCGUUCCAGAUGACGGAUACUACUUCGAUACAAAUACUGUUACUGCCGAAUGCGAUUCUAAAUGUGAGACAUGUGAUACUACCAAUGGAACUUACUGCACAGCUUGUACAGAUAUAGCGCACAUGCUUGGGGAGCCUGAUUGCGAAUGUCCUGGGAACUCAACUUUUAAUGAAUCAGAUUGCGUUCCAGAUGACGGAUACUACUUCGAUACAAAUACUGCUACUGCCGAAUGCGGCUCUAAAUGCGAGACAUGUGAUACUAACAAUGGAACUUACUGCACAGCUUGUACAGAUACAACUCAUAUGCUUGGAGAGCCUGAUUGUGACUGUCCUGGUAACUCAACUUUCAAUGAAUCAGAUUGCGUUCCAGAUGACGGAUAUUACUUCAAUACAGAUACCACAUGUGCUGAUUGCGACUCUAAAUGUGAGACAUGUGAUACUACCAAUGGAACUUACUGCACAGCUUGUACAGAUACAACGCACAUGCUUGGAGAGCCUGAUUGCGAAUGUCCUGGGAACUCAACUUUUAAUGAAUCAGAUUGCGUUCCAGAUGACGGAUACUACUUCGAUACAAAUACUACAUGUGCUGAUUGCGACUCUAAAUGUGAGACAUGUGAUACUACCAAUGGAACUUACUGCACAGCUUGUGCAGAUACAACGCACAUGCUUGGAGAGCCUGAUUGCGAAUGUCCUGGGAACUCAACUUUUAAUGAAUCAGAUUGCGUUCCAGAUGACGGAUACUACUUCGAUACAAAUACUGCUACUGCCGAAUGCGACUCUAAAUGCGAGACAUGUGAUACUACCAAUGGAACUUACUGCACAGCUUGUACAGAUACAACUCAUAUGCUUGGAGAGCCUGAUUGUGACUGUCCUGGGAACUCAACUUUCAAUGAAUCAGAUUGCGUUCCAGAUGACGGAUAUUACUUCAAUACAGAUACCACAUGUGCUGAUUGCGACUCUAAAUGUGAGACAUGUGAUACUACCAAUGGAACUUACUGCACAGCUUGUGCGGAUACAACUCAUAUGCUUGGAGAACCUAAUUGUGAAUGUCCUGGCAAUUCAACUUUCAAUGAAUCAGAUUGCGUUCCAGAUGACGGAUACUACUUCGAUACAAAUACUGCUACUGCCGAAUGCGACUCUAAAUGUGAGACAUGUGAUACUACCAAUGGAACUUACUGCACAGCUUGUGCAGAUACAACUCAUAUGCUUGGAGAGCCUGAUUGUGACUGUCCUGGGAACUCAACUUUCAAUGAAUCAGAUUGCGUUCCAGAUGACGGAUACUACUUCGAUACAAAUACUGCUACUGCCGAAUGCGACUCUAAAUGUGAGACAUGUGAUACUAACAAUGGAACUUACUGCACAGCUUGUACAGAUACAACGCACAUGCUAGGAGAGCCUGACUGCGCUUGCCCGAGUAAUUCAACUUUCAAUGAAUCAGAUUGCGUUCCAGAUGACGGAUACUACUUCGAUACAAAUACUGUUACUGCCGAAUGCGACUCUAAAUGUGAGACAUGUGAUACUACCAAUGGAACUUCCUGCACAGCUUGUACAGAUACAACUCAUAUGCUUGGAGAGCCUGAUUGCGAAUGUCCUGGCAACUCAACUUUUAAUGAAUCAGAUUGCGUUCCAGAUGACGGAUACUACUUCGAUUCAAAUACAACAUGUGCUGAUUGCGACUCUAAAUGUGAGACAUGUGAUACUACCAAUGGAACUUCCUGCACAGUUUGUGCAGAUACAACUCAUAUGCUUGGAGAGCCUGAUUGUGAAUGUCCUGGCAACUCAACUUUCAAUGAAUCAGAUUGCGUUCCAGAUGAUGGAUAUUACUUCAAUACAGAUACCACAUGUGCUGAAUGCGACCUACAAUGCGUUACAUGCGAUACCACUUCAGGCUCCAUCUGCACCUCUUGCUUAGAUACAACACAUAUGCUUGGAGUGCCAAACUGUGACUGCCCUCAGCAUUCUACACUUGAUAAUAAUACUGAUAAUUGCAUUCCAGACGAUGGAUAUUACUUCAGCUCAGAUACAACUUGCGCAGAAUGCGACUCACAAUGUGAAACAUGUGAUACAAUGUCAGCCUCUGCCUGCACUUCAUGUGUGGAUACAACACACAUGUCAGCCAUCCCUAACUGUGACUGUCCAGGCAACUCUACCCUUGAUAUUAAUACCGAUGAAUGUAUCCCUGACGACGGCUAUUACUUUGAUUCUAAUACCACCUGUGCUGAAUGCGAUAUACAGUGUGCAACUUGUGAUACUGCCUCAGCCUCAAUCUGCACUUUAUGUAUAGAUACAACUCAUAUGCUUGGAAUUCCUGACUGUGACUGCCCAACUCAUUCUUCACUUGAUAAUGAUACAGAAGUAUGUGCUGCUGAUGAUACUUACUAUUUCAGCUCUAAUACAGCUACUUCCCCUUGUGUUGAACCUUGUUUAUGGUGCAACUCUGAAACUCAUUGUACAAAAUGCAGUGGAGUCUACAAUACAUUGGAUACUGAUGGCUCUUGUGAUAAUUGUUUAGAUGAUCAUACAGAGUUUAAUACAACCAUUAAUGACUGUGUCUGUGUCAGAGGAUAUUAUGAUGAUCCAGGAAACUGCACUAAGUGUAUGGAUAAUUGCGCUGAGUGUGUUGAUGGAUCUACAUGUGACCAAUGCGAUUCUAGCUUCUAUUAUAAUGAUACAAAUUCAUGCGAAGCCUGUGAUGCUCCUUGCAAAGAAUGUUCAGAAGAAGCUACCAAUUGCACAGAAUGUUUAGACGCAAGCCAUAUGACUCUCACUGAUGGAGUUUGUACUUGUAAUGACGAAAAUGCAAGCUUUGAUUUAGAUACAAGUGUUUGUACAUGCAAUGACUAUUAUUACUCUUUAAAUGCAGUAUGCACAGCCUGCCCAGGACUUUGUAAGAAAUGCUCGUCUAAUUGGUCCUGCAGCUCUUGUGUGGAUAAUGCAGCAGUUGAUAAUACUAACUUAUGCAGCUGUAGUAAUGGAUAUGGAAAAUCUGGAAAUACAUGUCAGGCUUGUAAGAUCAAUUGUUCCAUCUGCACUAAAUCAGUAGAUACUUGCAAUACUUGCAUAAAGCAUGCUUCAGCAAAUUCAGAUGGCACUUGCAGCUGUGUUAGUGGAUUUUACCAAAAAGAUACUAAAUGUGUAGCUACCUGCAACCAAGUAUGUACUACAUGCAGCGAAGAUGAUGGAGACUCUUGCACAGCUUGUGUAACUAAUGCAGAAUUAGUAAAGAGCAAGUGUUCUUGCACUGCAGAUUCAAGCUAUGACUCAAAUUCACAGUCGUGUGUUUGUAAUGGUGGAUAUACCUUAGUCAGCAAUAAAUGUAUAGCUUGCAAGAAUUAUUUCGUAUUAUCAGAUGUGACUGACGCCUAUUUCGAUGAAUAUUUCUCUACCAUUACAGUUACUUUCAGUGUAGGUGUUGAUACUACAGUUAGUGCAGCAUGCUCAAAUACCAUUGAUUGGCAAAGCAUUACUCCCCCUAAUAAGUGAGAAAAAAAAAUAAAAAAUCAAAAUCAGCUCUUAGAAAAAUUUUCUUUAUAAUUUUUAGUUGAAAAUAAUAUAUUUGAAUAUUGAAGUGUUUUUAGAUAUCAGACUAUAAUUUAAAGGAAUAAAAUAAAAAUAAUUAUUUUUUAUAACUAGAAACCUAUCUUAUUUUUUUUUGCACUCAAAAUAUAUAAGUUUUUGAAUUAAAUUAAAUUUUUAAAUCAAAAAAUUAUUUGCUUUGCAAAAUUUAAAAUAUUUGCUCUUGCCUCUAGAUAAAAAUUGCUUAUUUUUAAAAAAGGGGAGCUAGCAAACUAGGAACUGGAGCCAGUUGCUCAUGGGAUGGAUCCCAUAAGCUGAGAAUUCAACUAGGAAAAGGCUUUACUAUUAGAGUUGAAAAACUAUAUUUGUUGGGAACAAAUAUUGUUAAAACGGAAGGAACUUGCAGCUUAAAUUAUACUCCGCUAUAUAUUACUGUAAGGCAAACAGCCGAUCCUACUCCUAAUGCUGUCAUUUCCGGACCAGCAAGCUAUUCUUUAGAUUGUGGAAACACAGCUCUUCAGUACUCAGGUUCAAAGUCAACAGGAAACUUGAAUAACCCUACGGCAUACACUUGGUCAGCCACCAGUACUCCACAGAACUCAGAUCUGACUAAUUAUAUUGCUAAGCAAACUACAGCAUCUUUAGCAAUCACAAAACUUCUAUUUACAAGCAACGUUGACUCUACACUAGUGAUUACUCUUAAAGUAACAAACGCCUUUGGCGGCACAAACUCUGCAUCAAUGACUACAGCAAUUAAGGCAGCUCCUUCACUUCAAGUUGUAUUUGAUUUAGGAUCAACUGAUACAAUUAAAGCUUCAGACUCAAGAACUUACAAGGCUUCAGUUGCUACAUUCUGUGGAGAUGUCUCUUCAGUGACUUAUAAAUGGAGCUAUGUUGCCUUAGCAGGGGCUCCUACAAUUGAUUCCUCAGCAAUCCUUUCUGCAUCCAAGCAGCAGAACAAGCUUGUUAUCAACAAAAAUAUGCUUCCAAGUGGAUACUCAUACCAAUUCAAUGCAACUGCAACUAGCCAAAGUUCGACAGAGCCAUCUGUAUCUGGAUAUUCUUUGCUUACCAUCACAGUGACUUCUUCUCCUCUCAAAAUAAAACUUUCCAAAUCCAGUUGCACCGUUGCAUCCAAAAAUGCCUUCUCUAUUAAUGGAGAUGGUUCUUUAGACCCAGAUAGCUCUUCUACUCUUUUAAGUUACCAAUGGAGCUGUUUAUAUGUAGUAAAUGCAUCUUCUUGUCUUGGAACUGAUGAUAAAGACCUUGUCUCUUCUGCUACCACCUCAAGCCUCUCAAUUCCUUCAGGAAAAAUGAUACCAGGAGCAAGCUACGAUAUAACCCUAUUAAUAAGUUCAGGAAGUAGAAAUGCAUCGGCCACAGUCACUGUGCAAGUCUCAGCUGCAACAGUUGCCUCCUCUUCUUCAAUAGAAGUUCCUUAUUCUUCAGCCAAAAUCUCAGCAGGAUCUUCUUAUACCUUAUCUCCUACAACUACUAUAUCAUCUGGCUCUAAAAUUAAAUGGAUUUGUGAUAGUUCCGCAAUAAAGAUUUCUCCUGAUAACUUGCCAACAAUUUCUAUCCCACCAAAUACAUUUACCCAAGGUAGUUCUUAUAAAUUCAGCUUUACCAUCACUGAGAUUUCCGGAAACUCUUUAUCAUCAUCAAUUAUAGUAAAUGUAAAUAGCGGGGCUACCUGCGAUGGAUCUGUAGACAUACAGCCAACAAGCGGAACUGCUUUGCAAACAACGUUUGUAAUUUCAAUUGCUGGGUGUUAUGACCAAGAUGGACAAGAUUAUCCUUUAACUUAUUCUUAUGAUGAUGUCUGGAAUAGUGUGGAAUAUGUCCUUGGAGCCACUCAAGACAGCAGCUUAUCAACUGGCUUAUUCCCUAACAGUAAUACAAUUAAAAUCAAGGCAUGUGAUCAGCUUUUAAGCUGCUCAACUUAUCAAAGCAAAAUCACAGUCGAUUCUCUAAAGAGAAAACUAGAAGACACAGACUACGCUGCUAUGUAUGCCUCUGCAACUCUUGACCCUGACAAUAUUCCAAGCGAAAUCUCAUUGAUUGCUACCUCUGCAACAAUAGAUAAUAUACUGAGAUGCAUUAAUUUGACUAUUGUUGGUUAUAGUAAAUUUAUAUGAUAAUUUAGGGUAUUAGAGAAUACUCUUUUCUCACAGAUGUGGAGUGACUUACAAUCAUAUGCAGCAAGCCAAGAUUCAGUAUCAGUCUCACUAUUUAAGAGCUUCGCGGCUGCAGUUUUGGCUUUAUCAAGCCAAACUGAUUCAAUGACAGUCACUCUUUAUGAAAAUUUCAUGACUUGGCUCAAUAACUUACUCCCUCUCACUACUUUAUUGAACAAAAAAUCCCAUUUCCAAUUAAUAGGGGUUUAAUUUUUUUUAAAAUUCUUAUAAAAUUUUUAAAAUUGAGCACAAUAUUCUGGAAUUAACUUAAAAAAUUAAUGAAUCUGCAUAAAAAUAUUAUUUGAAUUUAUCUAUCAAUAAAAAUUAGUAUUUUAAUUUUCCUAUUAAAAAAAAAAUUGCUCCAUUUUAAGAAGGUAAAGCCCGAUUUCUUUGCCAUUUCGUUCAAUUUAAAGUAGGAGGAAUUAGUUGCAGCCAACUCAAUUGCUAUUAAUACUGACUCAAGCAGCAUUUUGCAAAUCAUCGUAUCGCUUUCUAACGGAUACUUAGAUUUCGGCAGCAAAAAUGCUGACUCAAAAAUGCCAUUUGAGACUUAUUUGCUGGCAGCAGAUAAUUUCUUAACUACUUUUAUGACUUAUAUUACAGUUGAUGACCUUCCAGGCCAGAGCUCACUUCCAGCUUCAGAUUCAACUUCCUUUAUCCAAUUUGGAAAAGUCAGAAAUUUCCCUGACUCAAUCAGUAAAACUUCUCAGACCUUUGGGUUUAUUGAUGUAGCUUUCCCUAAUAAAAUCCCAAUUGAUGAGACUGAAGUCACAAACUUCAAAGCUAAUACUUAUAAUAUUACUGACGGCUAUGCACCUUGGUUCUCUGUAAGCUAUACAACUAGCGGUAGAUAUCAAGAUUAUCAAUAUACUGCUACAGAUGAGCAAUAUCAAUCCUUCAAUGAUGACAGAUAUCCAGUCACAGUAACUAUUCCUUAUUAUAAAAAUGCGACUAGGGGCCUUUCUUGUGUGUAUUAUGACACUACAACUUCAACUUGGGACGUAAAUGGCUGUAUCAUUACUAGCCAAGGAGUUGGCACAAUUACAGUUUCUGUUACCCAUUUCUCCUUAUUUAAACUCUCAGAAACAGAAUUCGUCCCUUACAUUCCCCCUACUUAUACUCCUGAAUGCGGGGAUAAUUUAACCCCAACUAUCAUAAUGAUAGUCUCAUUUUUCAUUGGAUUCCUCCUUAUGAUAAUAGCUGUCUUUGUGGAUAAAUCCCACUAUAAAGUCUCAGUAAAAGGAGAUAAAAAAGUGACUCCAGUACCUGAAUGUGCAAAUAACCCUGGAGAGCGGCCUAUGAAGGUUGAUGAAAUGGAAAAAGAAGACGUAGAGCCGUUGAAGGUCGAAGCCCUUUCAGAGCAGUCUGAGGCAUUUACGAAGGUGAAAAUGAAUAUAGUGCAGACCGAUGAAGUGAAAAGUGGCCCUGAAAAAACUCAACUUGAAGAAAAUGGAGGAAGAGAGGUAAAUAAUUUAGACCCUUCAGGACAUACUAAAAAAGGCUCAGAAGUCGAAUUUUAUCCAAAAGAACUAUAUAUUGAUUAUAGAGCUAAAGGGAAUUUCCAUAUGCUUUUGGAAGGCCACUUGACAUUUGGGCUGGUUUAUUAUAGAAAAAAGUUGCCAAGAUGGAGAAGAGCAUUCAUUUUGCUCACCGUUAUUAAGCUAAAAAGGGCUAAAUAUGCCAUAUAUUAAGCAAAACAAAUUAUUAAUUUCAGAAAAAAUAUAAUAUAUUUCCUUAGAUUAAUAUUCAAUUUAAUAGAGAAUAUUUUCGAGUUAUUAGUAGAGGGCUGCUUGUUCUCAGGAUUUGAAGACACUGAUAAAGGCAGAGAAAUGUCAACUCAAUCAAUAUUUGACAAUUAUGAAGGAAACUAUUUUGGAUAUACAGUCCUCGCAGUCCUUAUAGGAGUACACUUAGAAUGUGCAAUGAUAGCUUUCAUGGAGACAGGAAGAAUAUUAAUGAAUAUUUUUGCUUUAUUAUUAGGCAUUGCAGUUCUUAUUGGGUCGGUCAUUGGAAUUGUGAUACUUAAUGUUGACUUCUGUCACAAUUUGAGUGGCUACUGGGCUGAAAGCUUCUUAUGGGGAAUUCUUAUGGAGAUCUUUAUUGUUCAGAUUUUCUAUAUGCUUAUUCGUUACAUAGCUCUUCGGAUUAAGUCGAGGAGAACAGGAACAAGAAAUGGAAAGAUACUCUUAAAGUAA